AUGUGGACGAAGAAGUCUGUAGCCAAUGUGUUCAAGGAAAUUCCUGAGGAGAAAUUGGAGGCUUGUAAUUUGACUUUACUCGGCAAACUCCACUCUAGGCCCAAUGUUAAUUUUCAGGCCUUCCUAACUACUAUGAAAAAGGCUUGGAAAACGGACAACGUGGUAGUUGAUCAACCGCAACAAGGUCUGUUCACGUUUACAUUCAGAUCGGAGAGCGACAAGAAGAGGGUUUUGGAAGGUAGCCCAUGGUCCUUCUCAAGCAACUUACUCAUCCUUGUGCAACUAAACCCCAAAAUACCAAUUCACCGCCGUGUUUUCACGCAUUGUGCCUUCUGGGUACAAGUUCAUGGAAUGCCGGUAGCAAGGAUAACUAAAAACUCUUUGCAAGAGGUGGCCUCUAAGAUCGGGAAAGUCAUAGAGAUAAAGAUGGAAGCAAAAGAAGGUGGCCUGUGUAAGGUGGGGAAAGCUAGAGUUCUUCUAGAUUUGGCACAACCUCUCACUUCAGGGAUCAUGGUGAACUUUGAAGACGAUCAAUAUUGGGUUGAUUUCAAGUAUGAACGUCUUCCCCAUUUUUGUUACUCUUGUGGGAAGAUGGGGCAUUUUACCACUAAUUGCGAGGAAAUACCUUAA